AUGGACUCCAUGAACCGCUCCCACCCCUACCCUCCGAGGAGACUCUCCAACCUUGCAACAUGUCCAGAAGGUCUGAGAGCAGCAGCAGGAAUCGGCGGAAGUCCAAUCUGUGGACUUGAGCUUUGUCUUACAUUGGGACCUGAAAAUAAUUCUGUCACACUCUUCGGACGGGGAAUGCGACCUUUAAUACGAACGGUCCACCCUCUAGAGACCACUGCACGCGCAUUUGCCGCUGGCGUAUUCUCCUGUCUCCCUGCCUCCAAGACAAUUUCUUUCGAGUUCCGGAUUGCUGGCUCCUCCUUGUCUUCCCUUAUCUCCGCCCCACCUAAUGGAUUUGAUGUCGGCGCUUCCCAUAAAUUUGAGGCGGGCUCGGUCAUAUGGGCACUACCUCAGAUUCGCCGUGACGUUUCUGUCCGCCCGUUACCCCAUCACUUCUUCACCGUGUACAUUGGACCACAGCUCACUGAUACCGUUAUUGGGACUCUGCGAAGUGUCGGUAUUCAAGAAGCAGCAAGACAGCUUGCAAUGUUUGCGGUGGAGAAUAUCACCAAGAGUCCAAGGAGGCUCAUGCUGGAAGAGCAUAGGGGGUUUUAUCUGUGUCGCCAAAGGAGCACGAGCAGAAGGCGAGCUGCUGACUUGGCUACUCUCCCAUUUUCCAAGGUCGCUAAGGCUGCUCAGGUAACGACUAAUGAGCAAGUCAGAGCGCUCAGAUCACAAUCAAUGAGUGGAACUAGGCUGCUCAGUGAGCACUAA